AUGGCCGCCGGCCCCCAUCGCAGAUUGUCGUCCACCCUGGUGUACCUGAGCGUGAUCGCGCACUUCUUGCAACGCGCCACGCACGGAGUGUUCAAGGCCAAGUAUUCGGCCACCCUGCACAUGGCUUCCGUGCUGGCAGGCGGCGCUCUCAUGGAGCGCUACGGGCGCCAGCGCACCUCGGCCGUGUGCUUCUUUAUCUCGUGCGUUGCCUGGACGCUCACCGCGUUCGUGCAGAACGCGGACGACCUCGAGUACACGGUCCUUGUUGUUCUCGGUUUGUUGGCGCAAGCCACAGCGCACUCCGUGCUGGCCGUGAUGAACGUCGAGCUGUUUCCGCAGCUCGUGUUAACCUUCGGCUACUGCUGGGGCGAGGCAUCCAGCCUGCUCGGCGCGCUCGGUUCGCCGUACAUCAUGUGGCUGGGUGGCGACGACCAGCCGUUCGUGCCGCUGGCGCUGUUCGCUCUGCUGACGCUGCUCAGCGGUGGCCUGGUGCUCACCGUGCCCGAGACGAGACGGCGGGCCGCUUACGCGGGCACCCGUGCCACAUCGCUAUUCGAGUACGCACGCAACGAGCCGUUUCCAUUUGACGAGAUGCAGCACUCGACCAUUCUAAAGGCUGACUUCUGA